UAAAGGCAGAACAAACAUUCAAACUAUUAACAUUUACAAAUUUGGUUUUAUUUAUUAAACCAUAAUAGGCGUUUCAUAAGAAAAACAGGGAAAACUCAACAGCAUCGAGUCGUUUUUUUGAAUACAACCACAAAAAAAGAACCAACUAGAAAACAAAAACCACGGAAAUGUUUCGGGACAUUUUGGAACCAACAGCAUGGCAUUACAGGAGCGUUGAGGAGUCUAAAGUCUGAAUUCAGUUUUUCUAUGAACCACCUCUGUGAUUUCUGACUCUGGGUCGUCCGAGACGCAGCACUUCAGUCUGAAAUUUAAAAAAACAAAAACCGAAGUGAGUUAAGCGUUUUCUAACGUUCUCCAUGGAUAAACGCUGAUGUGGAGCACAGAUUGACGUCGAAAGUAAUAAAAGAAUAACACCCGUUUCUCCAUAUGGUUUUCUAUAAAUUUAAUUUAAAAGAUUGGAAAUUUACAGCUUUGUUUUCAUAAAAGUAACUGAAGGGCAGGGGAAGAUAGAAGAUAAAAAUAUAUCUCAGCAUCAUCUGCAUAUGUGGACUUUUUCUUUUUGUUAUUUUGAAAUGUUAAUAAAACAGUGAAACCGGAAGAGGACCUGCAUCCGGAUUGUUGAGGCGCACCACAGGUCACGGAUGCUGACCUGAAACAGGUCCAUGCUUAGAAACAGGGAUCCAUCUGUCAGAUAAGUCCUCAGCCGGGUUUAAGGGUGGCGCUUUGCGUACAGACGCCCCACCCCGGCUGGUAGACAGGACUUUGGCGACUUUGCUUUAUGAAAAGCAGCUGUGAGGAAACGGCUGGUUCGAGUCCGGAGUCAACAGUCAGAGAGGCCGCUCUAAAUCCAGAUUCAGUCCUGUCAGAUUCACCCCUGAACUUUUUGAAUCUGUUUUGUUUCUAACGGAAAACUCCCAGACUGAACUCUCAAGAGAUUUCAAUAAAAGUGGUACUUCAAGACUUUUAGUUUGUAAAAGCUCAAGAUAAAUUCAUGCACUGGAAAAAAUGUUCUUCUAGAAAGAAACUAGAAAACUUUGUUCUUAGUAGGUUGGGUUGUUCUGCCUUAGAGACUACAUUAGGCCUGAAAUGAUCUAUAAACACUAAAUUUGAUGUGUUGUCUUUGUUAUGAGAGCAAAAUACAUUUUAAGCUAACUUUGUCUUGACAAAUGUGUGUUUUAUGAGUCAAAUGAGACUUUCCAGUUUUCUUUAAAUCAAGCAAAUAGUAAAAACUUAAUUUCAUUAGAUAUGUUUUCUGGAGACUCAAGAUAUUCGGGUUUUAUUGUAUUUAAAUAAAUUGUUACAGGAAAGUUACUAGUUAGUUAGUUUUGUCUUGAAUUGAGCGUACACUAAACUUAAAGCCGUGUUUUGUGGUUUUGCUGUAGUUCGUGGAGUUUUUGUGCUGCUGUUCUGACCGGGACCGACCCAUUUUCCUCCCCGGGUCGGGAUGCAGCAGACGUGGAUGUCGGGGGUUUGAUCCAAAGCAGAAGUUCUGAAUGUUUUUGAAACAUACUUCAUCUCAAAAACUUUUUUUUUUUUUAAUCAAAGCCGAACUUUUCUGGUGUUUCAGGUGCAGCAGGUCAUGACUUAAAUGUUGCAGCUUCCUUUCGGGACGGCGCUGGACGUGUUUGGCACGCCAGGCCCGCUCCGGACUCCAUCGUCCCUCAGAACAAUGCUCGCAGGAAGCGGCUAAUGGAGACAACAAGCAUCUCCGCCAGCAUCCACACAGUUCUUUUUUAAAGAGGUCAAACCUGACAAACAGAGGGGGGCGGGGCAAAUUAACCCUUGACACCUCCCAACCUCUGCAUGGUGUCCCACUUUCCCCCCGUGUGACCUCCUGCCAGCUCCGCCCACGAACCAUCAGGAUCUCAAAGAACGCCGAGAGGCCAGCGGAGGUCAGGUCCAAAGUGAAGCGCCGUCUUUCCGUCCUCGGCCGCUUUAACGCCACACGUUUAUUGUGCUUUGCGUUUUGGAGGGUGAUGGCGUGUAUGUGGUCAGGAGCGCGUUUGCAGUCUAGGACCCAGCCUCCCUCUCACGUUACACCCUAUUUAUAACAUCCCCUCAGCCGGCUCCCCUCGUUCUGCAGUUCCUCCGAACCUCCUCGUGCUUCCAGGCUGGAGCUCCAGCCCCCUGCUCCUCCUGACAUCUGAGAGGCUCAGCUGCAGCCCGUCCCGGGAUAACUGUUUACCCUGUGAAGCCUGGCAAGCGGCCGCACGCUCCGGAUUACCGCAGGACGCCACAUUUCAGAGCUUUGACUGCAGGAGAAGUUUGGGGAGAGUACGGGGAAAAGGAGCAGCAUCUGGGAUUUACGUUUGUUUUUCCUCUGGCUGGUUGAGCUCCUUCACGUCCAACCCCCCUCUGUCUCCUCUGGUGGGGCGCCAUGGAUCACGCUCUGUUCAGCUGCCUGCGGAGCCCCCACGCCCCGCCGCAGGCCCUCCAUUCCGCCUUCACCCAGUCUCCCCUGACUCUGCACGGACGCUCGGACCACAUCUCCUACCCCGACCUGGCCUCCUCGUCUUCCUCCUCCUCCACCUCCUCACCUUCGCCGUGCGUCAUCUCCAGCUACCCGGCCGACGACGGCCUAUUUCACGGGCAGCACCCCCACCACCCCCACCGUGGCCACCUGACCCCCCAGCAGCAGCAUCACCCCCCGCCUCAGCACCACACCUCGUGGCACGUCCCGCCGAUGCCGUCGCCUGGCGGCGGCGCGCGCCACGGCCUCUGCCACCCGCAUUCACACGCACCCCACGACAGCGGGCCCGCGCCCUCUGACCUGGGCCAUCCGGGUGCGCCCAGUUUGUGCGCCAGCACCCCCAGUUUGGGUGGCGGCAGCACCCCCUCGGGGGCCUCCUGUGCGCCGGCGGACUUUGGCAGGCAGACUCUGUCGCCCGCCGAGGCGGAGAAGAGGAACGGCAAGAGGAAGAGUGACAGUUCAGAGUCCCAGGACGGGAACUACAAGUCUGACGGCAGCGGCAAACCCAGGAAGGAGCGGACGGCCUUCACCAAGGAGCAGAUCCGCGAGCUGGAGGCCGAGUUCGCCCACCACAACUACCUAACCAGACUAAGGCGCUACGAGAUCGCCGUCAACCUGGACCUGACUGAGAGACAAGUGAAGGUGUGGUUCCAGAACCGGAGGAUGAAGUGGAAGAGGGUGAAGGGCGGCCAGCAGGGGGCGGCAGCGCGCGAGAAGGAACUGGUGAACGUGAAAAAGGGGACCCUGCUGCCGUCGGAGUUCUCUGGCAUCGCGGCGCUGCACCACUCCACGGACUCCUUAGCCAACGAGGACAGUCAGGACAGCGACCAGAGCUCCGAACACGCCCACUUAUGAUGCACUCACCCCACCCCAACCAGGAGAGGACCCUCCUCACCAGGGCUGCUGUUUGCUGCCAUCGUCGCACAGCGAUGCUAAACAAGUGUACAGUCGAGAACAUUGACAAAAGAAAAAAGCUUGUCGUAAAUACUAACGUGUCAAAUGCAUUAUGGGUAAUCCUGUUAACAUUCCAUGCUGUGUUUGGAGAAGCAGCUUUGAUUUGCACUGUUGACCCACAGUCUGCAGCUCCGAUGGCUUUCUGCUGUACAAAGGGUCAAAUAUUAGCGGGAUAGACGGAAUCGAACCCGCCCCUUCAAUGGUAGCGAUCUGUACAUAUUUCUCAGCCUUACGUUGGUGAUUCGAUGCCUUCCUGUUUGGUUCCUGCAUCAAUAAACGGCGACAGCUCUUCGGCUGACACCUUUCUGCCCCCUGAAAGCUGGACUCUCUUCGGUCCUACAGAGCCGCUGCAGACCGAGGGGACCGGCUCUCGGUGGGAAACACCUGCAGAUCCAGGUCGUAAAGGCGUCCCGCUCAGCCUGGUGCUGAAGUGGAAGGGGACCGGGGGGAGCCAACAAAGGAUUCAUUUACAACAGCCGGUAAAAAAAAUCCUCUGGCGGUUUGACCUUCCUCUGCCGUGCGAUGGGCUCUGUGCACGUAUUGCUUCUGCGUCGGACGGCAGGUUUGGAUGGUGUUUACAUGAAAAUGUCAUUGUUCCCCAGAUGUCUGUCAAAAUCUGGCUCCUCGGGUGGACUUAUCAGUGUCAAGGACAUAUUUGUUGCUGCAGUGUUUCCGUCAGCCACUGUGACAGAACCAAACGUGUCUAGACUCCAACAACAGACAGCAACGCUGCAUCUUGUAGCAGCUGUAACUUAUUAAAUACCGUCUUGAAAAGCUCA